AUGCUGACUGCUACCAAAGCCCAGCCGAUCAGCUAUGAUAUCAACCUGCCCUACGACGAGCUGCCUGGCGACACAGAUCUGGUUCGAUCCCCUACCUCCCUUCGAGUAAAAGAUGCGUCCGUCCCCGAGCUCCACAAGGCCGGUAUCGAGAUCACCCACAUCACGCCGGGACUGGGGAGCUAUAUCUCAGGCAUCCAACUGAACCAGCUCUCCGACGUGGCCAAGGAUGAGCUGGCACACUUGAUCGCCCAGCGCAAGGUGCUGGCCUUCGAGAACCAGGAUCUGAUCGAUGAUGGACCGGCAGCUCAGCAGGAGUUCAUGAACUACUAUGGUAAUGGCUACCCAGGUUUCCAGAUCAUUCAGCGGGAUGGGAAUAAGGAGGAGCUAGCCAGGUUCCUAGAACAGAGACCUACUACCACGCUGUGGCAUCAGGAUGUCAGUUAUGAGAUUCAGCCACCGGGUUAUGUCAUAUUGGGGUACCUUCAAGUGAGCCCUGAAGUAGGCGGCGACACCCUCUUCACCGCCACCUACACCGCCUACAAGCGCCUCUCCCCAACGAUGCAAUCCUUUCCACCCCUUGGUGCGCAUACAUCCCGCACAGGCGAGCGGUGCCCCUUCAUCAACGGCGACGUCGUUACCAAGAUCGAGGGACUCAAGGAGCCUGGGUUCCGCGUGCUGCAGGAACUUCUUAUGCAACAUAUGAUUACGGGGUUAGGUGGGCGCCCAGGAGUAUGGUGGGGUGAUGCGCAUACGGCCGUUGUGGAUUAUAUCGAUGAGGAUGAGAGUGUGAAGCUGAGACACCUGUUUCGGCUUGCGGCUAUGGCGGAGAACCCGAUUCCUGUGGGCCAGGCGUGA